AUGAAAUUAGAAGUACUGUCUUGUAGUUCCAAUUCAAGUGAAUCUUCCACCACAAGUGAUUUAAUUGAAUCGUUUCCACCAUUAGAAACAACUGUAUCUCCUAAAGAAAAUAUCAACUCAUUAUAUUCCAAUAAUCAGUGGCGCGACAAAAUUGAUUCAGCUUCAUCUACCUUGUCUAGCACCACGGGUAAACUAAAAGAAAAAUUUACCGCAAAACUUGCUAUUGACAGUGUGGGGGAAAUGUCAGCACCAAAUAAGGCGUCUGAGUUAAACAGCGCUUAUGUUAGGGGACGUCCUUCUGCUUGUGUCUUUGUCGCUAGUUUAUGUUCCAAUAUGUCUGACGACGCACUAUGUGUUUCAGUGACAGAACAUUUUAAACAAUGGGGUACAUUAGCCACAGUCAAGGUUUUGCGUGACACUUGUAACCGCCCUUAUGCUUUUGUUCAAUACACUACUGAUAGUGAUUCUAAAUUGGCCAUUGAGAAAGGCCACAACUCAGUGUUGGACGGAAGAAAUAUUCGGUGCGAGGCGGCUAAAGUCAAUCGCACCUUGUUCGUGUCCUCUAAAUCGUUCCUUAGCAAAAGCAUAAUUGAAGAUCGGUUGUCAAAUUUUGGUGAGAUCGAGGAGUUGCUUCCCAGUACAUCCAAGGGAGAACUAUAUAACUCUGCUAUCGAGACUAGGGGUUAUAAGAACUGGUUUUGUAAGUUUACUUACCGUGAUGAUGCUAUUAGAGCUUACGCCAAUUUGACGGAAGAAGGUAUCUACAAAGUUGAUUGGACACAGAAUAUUGACAAAUCCAAUGCACCACGAAAUGAUAAUGAGCCUGAACAAGAGUCCGUAAAAGUCAAAUUUGACAAAUAUUCUAUAUUUGUCGGCCAAUUAAGUCCCAAUGUAUCUGAGGGACAACUUUCACAAAGGUUUGAAAGACAUGGUGAAAUUGUCGAUUUAAAUUUGAUUAAAAGAACAAACAACACUUUUGCGUUCAUCAAAUUUAAAAGAGAGUCUAGUGCUGCUGGUGCUGUUGAAAGAGAAAACCAUUCUAUGUUUUGUGGCAAAACGAUGCAUGUGCAAUAUCGUGAAACUCACAUCCAUGCUCCAAUGCGUACUCGAAGCAGCUACAAUAAUGGUAUUCCAUUAGCUCCACCUCCAAUCAAUUUGAAUAAAAAAUCAUUUACCAAAAAUGAUUAUGUCAAAUCUAAGGGUACAAUCGAAAUGUCCAAACCAAAAUUUAAUUCUUAUCCUUCGAAUAGCUUCAAUAAAGGUUUUAAUAAAUUGAAACAAUUCAAGAGUUUUAGACCUGCUAGUUUUGAAAAAAAAUUUGGCAAUACCAAAACCGAGAGUACUUGGCAUGCAUCACAAUUAAAUCUUAAAGGUGAAGUUUCAGAGUCGAAUCAAGUUGAUAAAAAGGUUAAUGGGAAUAGUGGUAUUCUGAGUGCUCCAAACGAUAGCAGAGGAAGUGGUGCCAGUUCAAGAAAUAACAGCACCAACAGUUUCCCACCCCCACCACCCACUACAACUGCACCAGGGUUCCCAUUGUUCUAUUAUGUUCCUGCUGAUAAUGUUAAUUUUGCCAAUUCUUCAUCAACAAAUACACCUCCAUUUUAUAAUGUUUAUCCACAAUAUUAUCCUGCAACUGCUGCUGCCGCCACUGCCUUAGCCGCCGCUGCUGCUGCCGCUGCUGCAACAGGUGGUACUAAUGGGAGUUUACCGUAUGAUACACCAGGUUGUCCACCUUCUGGUGUAGCGAACGUAGUUGCUGGAAGUCCUGAAUUUACUCUGAUUGCUUCACACCCUUCCUAUGGGAUUGCUAAUUAUAUGUAUUAUCCGACUGAAACGGAGAUGAAUAUAAAUGAUAAAAAAGUUUGA